AAUCUCACAACUUCCCUCUUUGUUUCUAUUAUUUAUAUUUACUAACUCUUCUUCUACAAUUUGCCCUACACAAACCCAAAAAGAUUAAAAAAACAAAGAGCUGUUCUGCUCAUAAACGAGGCAGCCAUGGGUUUAACUGCCAAGCAGAUGGCAUUUGCGGUGGGUGCCUUUGGAUUAGUGUCCUUCAUACUUGGUAUUCUAGCUGAAAAUAAGAAGCCUUCCUCUGGGACCCCAAUUCCAGGAAAAGGUGUAGUGAUAUGCAACUAUCCUUCGGAUCCCACUGUUGUAUUGGGUUCGCUGUCGAUUGUGUUUCUUGCUGCUGCUACGGCAGUCGGUUUUAUGUCGUUGUUUUACCCUUACAAUGGCAGAUCUAUUCCACAGUACGUCAUGUUCAAGGACAGCACUUUUGCUAUCUUCUUCAACAUUACUGUGCUUGCUAGUGGACUUGGGGCAGCAUUGCUAUUGUGGUCGGUACUUCAAGAGCGACAUCACCUAAACAACAAGGUUCAUCACGAUCCCAACACAACUUGCCCCACUGCCAAGACUGGUCUUCUUGGUGGUGGAGCUUUUGUUUCCCUUGAUUCAGCGCUUAUGUGGAUUGUUAGCCUUAUGUUAGCCACCAAUGUUCGUGAAGACUACUUUGAAGAUGCUCAAUCAAAUUACAAUAAUAAAGAAACCCAAGUUGUUACAUUUGAGUGAUACAUUACAAAAAAUAAAAAUAAAAAAAAUGUAUCAUUACUUUGGGAUAUGGAUAUUUAUUAUAUUGAUUGUGUAUAAACUUUGUGAUAAAAUCAAGAUUGAUGAAUUUAUGUUGGAUGGUUUUGUUCCAGAAGUACUUGGAAUUCUUGGUAUAUCCCAUAAUGGAAGUUGUUCCAAGUUUCUCUUGUAUUUAUCAACAAAAAGAAAAAAAAAAUUGUGAAUAUUGAACUUAUUUGAUUAUGAUUGCUUGUUU